GUGUUGGAAAAACAACUCUUCUCAAUGUACUGGCAGGAAGAAUACCAUGUCACUCUGGAGCAAUAACUCUGAAUGAAUCUCCCUUUAAUAAAGCACUGCGACGUCGCCUUGGCUACGUAUUGCAGAAUGAUAUUUUUCUGUCCAACCUGACGCUAUGGGAAACUCUAUACUUUACAGCGAUGAUACGGCUACCAGAUGAAAUCCCCAAACAGGAAAAGAUUAAGGAAAUCAACAAAAUAGUGGAUUCCUUCGAUCUACAGAAGUGCUUAAACACAGCUAUUGGAGAUAUUGCCCAUCCUGGUUUAUCUGGGGGUGAGAAGAAGCGAGCGAGCAUUGCCUGUGAAUUACUUGCAGCCCCCGACAUUCUUCUCAUAGACGAGCCAACUUCCGGCUUAGAUUCCAGUACAGCACAUAGUUUGAUGGUACAGCUUAGAAAAUACGCGACAGAGUAUAACAGGACAAUAGUAGCCACUAUUCACCAGCCCUCCAGUCAAGUAUUUAACUUGUUCUCCACCUUGAUGUUGCUCAAUGAAGGGAAGAUGGCGUAUUUUGGACAAGCCAAUGGAGCAAUAGAGCAUUUCGCAGGUCUCGGGAUCACAUGUGGUCAACAUCAAAAUCCAGCCGACUUCCUCUUGAAAGUGUUGUCCUCGGAUGUGAUCAAACAUGAGGGAGACGUUAGGGGAAUUCCAAGUGAAUCAUUUUUUGAAAUUGCAGUCGCGGUGAAGCUACCCAAUUGUCACACAAAUUAUGACAAUAUUGAAGGAGAGAAAACUCGACGAUGGCCCACAUCAUUAUGGACCCAGUUUAACAUGCUCAGCUGGCGAUCCUACAAGCAGUCGAAGGGAAGGAUACUGGACAAGUUUGAGAUACUGCUAGCAGCCAUGACAGCUACUUUUGUCAGCAUUACGUUCUUUCAGACAGAAAAUUCAGCUAGCACCGUCCGCGAUAAAAUGGGCUUGGUGAUGAUUUCCCUCAUUUACUGGGCCUUCAGAAUGUUUGUAAUGGCUAUCUUGGGAUUUUACGAUGAGCAGGCUGUUAUUCGUAAGGAUCGAGCUGCCGGAGCCUACCGAUUGUUGGCAUAUUACCUCGCCAAGAUAACCAUCGAGAUCCCCCUCAUCAUCUUCGUUCCCUUCCUGUUUAACACUGCCGUGUACUGGCUGAGCGGACUAGGAGGGGUGGACGGUUACCUGGUGUUCGUUGGUAUCGGUACGCUGAAUUGCUUAUUGACACAGAGAGUGGCACACAUCCUUGGUGCGGCGAUAAAGGACCCUAAACUUGGCAUUAUGACUGGAAACGUAAUCUCCAUCGGGGGACUGGUUCUAGGGGGUUUCCUCAAGGUCCAUCCACAUGAUUGGCUGUUCUGGAUGAAGUACGUCACAUUAGUCCACUACCCCUACGCCGCUACUUUGACAUAUAUACUGAAGGACACACCUGACUUGUGGGGAAAACAAGAGUUUUAA